GCGCGCGCGCACGAGGAGGCGCGGCAGCGGCCUGGGGCACCGCGCGGCGCGGGGACGGGGACGGGGACGUGGCAGCGGCGGCGCUCGGCGCUCCAGAAAGUUCCCUGGGAGUUCCGCGCGACGCGGCGCGGGAAGCGGCGGGCGGGACCAUGAAUGUGUUCCGAAUCCUCGGCGACCUGAGCCACCUCCUGGCCAUGGUCUUGCUCCUGGGGAAGAUCUGGAGGUCCAAGAGCUGCGCCGGCAUCUCUGGGAAGAGCCAGAUUCUUUUUGCUCUGGUCUUCACCACCAGGUACCUGGACCUCGUCUACAAUUUCAUCUCCAUCUACAACACAGUGAUGAAGGUGGUCUUCCUUCUCUGCGCCUACUUCACGGUGUACAUGAUCUACUGGAAGUUCCGGAAAACAUUUGACAGCGAGAAUGACACAUUCCGACUGGAGUUCCUCCUGGUCCCCGUGAUUGGCCUUUCCUUUCUGGUCAACUACAGUUACGCACCAACGGAGGUCCUCUGGACUUUCUCCAUCUAUUUGGAGUCGGUGGCCAUCCUGCCACAGCUCUUCAUGAUCAGCAAGACUGGAGAGGCUGAGACCAUCACCACUCACUACCUGUUCUUCCUGGGGCUUUAUCGGGCACUCUAUCUAGCCAACUGGAUCUGGCGGUACCAGACAGAGAAUUUCUAUGAUCAGAUCUCAGUGGUGUCUGGAGUAGUACAAACCAUCUUUUACUGUGACUUCUUCUACUUGUAUGUGACCAAAGUCCUCAAAGGAAAGAAGCUAAGCCUACCAAUGCCAGUUUGAAGAGAUGGACCACAUUGUAAGGCACCCAGAGUAAAUCACUUGGAUUGAUCUCCUUGGUGACUUAAAUGGCUGGUGUGAAUUUGAGCAAAGCACUGGCAGACCUUCCUCUUACCAUCAACAGCAGGACUACUUAUAUGCCAUCAAUGCCUGGUCCAACUGCCCAAGUGUGAGGCCUUACAAUGGGCAAGUGAAAAUAAGGAGCUACAAGAUACUUCCUCCAUGAAUGACCAACAGUUGCUCUUUUGACUACAGUGGAGGGCUCAUGCCACGGAACUCGUAGACACAUUCACAAAGAUCCUUCCUAGGUCAGUGUGGAACUGAAGACCCUGGAUGUGUGUAUAUCACGCAACCCACUCCCACACUGCAUCUUAGACUCAUUUCAGUUGCCAGCCUAGGUGGCCACCAUGGUUAUCUCACUGUGUGACUCAUUCCUGUGCCAAGACCCAUCAUCAACCCCACUUUCCCCUCCCAGUUUGAGGUGCUAACUAGGAUAAUUAGUCAUUCAACUCCCAAUAUUUGUUGUUUGGAGCAAAAUGUUAAGAUUACACUCAACUCUUGGUAAGGUUUGAAUGUAAUAAAAAUUCACACCUUUA